GCGGGCUCAAUCUUUCGGCGGACUUCGCUACCCAGCGUGCAGUGCGCCUGGCAAAUCCCUAAAGAGGAUUUCCGUGGGAUCAGAGGACGACAUGCCGCUGAAGCGAGACGACACCCAGCGAGCGCUGCAGCUGAUGGAGGCCUGCUCUGACGGGGUCAAAGGGAAAGAGGCGGAGAAACUGCUCAACAUCUUCCAGAGUGACCUGUUUCAGGCAUUGCUCGACAUCCAGGAGUUCUACGAGCUGGCGGUGUGUGAAAGCCACGCGACGAGCCCUCCGCAGACACCUGUCCAGAAGUACCGUUACCAUGACGACGAUGACCAGCCAAGCCCUGGAAACGUGACUGACAGACACGCCCCCGAGUUUGCGCACACACACCUGGACACACUCGCACAGCCUGCUGCUCUCACUAUGAACGGAUCCGAAGGAGAGCUGGAGUAUGAGGAGAUCACGCUGGAGAGAGGAAACUCGGGUUUGGGCUUCAGCAUCGCGGGAGGGACUGACAAUCCUCACAUUGGAGAUGAUCCAUCCAUCUUCAUCACCAAGAUCAUUCCCGGGGGGGCCGCGGCCCAGGACGGACGUCUGAGGGUCAACGACAGCAUCGUGUUUGUCAACGACGUGGACGUGCGCGAGGUCACUCACUCGGUGGCCGUGGAGGCCCUGAAAGAGGCGGGGCCCGUGGUGCGGCUCUACGUCCUGAGGCGACGCCCGCUCGGCGAGCACGUGGCCAAGAUCAAGCUGAUGAAGGGACCCAAAGGUCUGGGCUUCAGCAUCGCCGGCGGGAUCGGCAACCAGCACGUCCCGGGAGACAACAGCAUCUACGUCACCAAGAUCAUCGAGGGCGGCGCGGCGCAGCGGGACGGCCGCCUCCAGAUCGGCGACAAGAUCCUCGCCGUCAACCAUUUAUCUCUAGAGGACGUCCUGCACGAAGACGCCGUGUCGGCCCUGAAGAACACGGGCGAGGUGGUCUACCUGAAGGUGGCCACGCCCACCUCGCACUACAUCCACCCGGCCGAGCGAUUCAGCCCACCGGACCUCACCAGCUCCUACAUGGAGCCGGACUACAUGUGCGAUUACCCGCAAGCCCUCCCGCCGCCGUCCCCUCGCCGCUACUCGCCGCUGCACCGCGGCAUGACGGGAGAGGAAGACUACGGCCGAGAGCCGCGCCGGGUGUGCGUGCAGCGCGGCGCCAGCGGCCUGGGCUUCAACAUCGUGGGCGGCGAGGACGGCGAAGGGAUCUUCAUCUCUUUCAUCCUCGCCGGGGGGCCGGCGGACCUCAGUGGGGAACUGCAGAAGGGCGACCAGAUCCUCAGCGUGAACGGUGUGGAUCUCAGGUUCGCCACGCACGAACAGGCCGCAGCAGCUCUGAAGAACGCCGGUCAAAGUGUUACCAUAGUAACACAGUACAGACCCGAGGAAUACAGCCGCUUCGAAGCCAAGAUCCACGACCUGCGCGAGCAGAUGAUGAACAGCUCGCCAGGAAGCCUGCGAGCCAACCGAAGCUUCUACGUCAGGGCGUUGUUCGACUACGACAAGACGUGGGACUGCGGCGUUCUGUCCCAAGCUCUGGACUUCAACUUCGGGGAGGUGCUUCACGUGAUUGACAGCUCGGACGACGAAUGGUGGCAGGCCAGACGGGUCAACCAGCAGGGCGAGCUGGAGGAGCUGGGAUACAUCCCGUCCAAACACAGGGUCGAGAGGAAGGAGUGGUCCCGGAUGAAGAGUCGAGGGCUGGUCCAAAGCUACGAGGCGGUGGCGCAGACUGAAGUGGACUACGCCCGACCCGUCAUCGUCCUGGGGCCCACCAAAGACCGAGUCAACGACGACUUGCUAACGGACUUCCCGGACAAGUUCGGCUCCUGCGUGCCACAUACGACUCGCCCCCGCAGGGACUACGAGGUGGACGGGCGGGACUACCACUUUGUGUCGUCCCGCGAACAGAUGGAGCGCGACAUCCAAUCGCAUCACUUCAUCGAGGCGGGGCAGUACAACAACCACCUGUACGGCACGUCGGUGCAAAGCGUCAGGCAGGUGGCCCGGCAGGGCAAGCACUGCAUCCUGGACGUGUCGGCCAACGCCGUGAGGAGGCUGCAGGCCGCUCAGCUCCACCCCAUCGCGAUCUUCAUCAGACCGCGAUCUCUGGAGAACAUCCUCGACCUGAACAAGCGUCUGUCUGAGGAUCAGGCCAGGAAGGUUCUGGAUCGAGCCAUCAAAAUGGAACAGGACUUCCUGGAAUGUUUCACUGCCAUCGUGCACGGGGACACCUUCGAAGAGGUGUACCACCAGGUCAAAGUGGUCAUCGAGGAGCAGAGCGGCCCGUACAUCUGGGUGGUGACCCGCGACCGCCUCUGAUCGGUCCGCGGAGGUCUCCCUCCUGCCCCUCCCUCCCCUGUGCACAUGUUGUGUAUCCACGGCAACGCCAGAGCGAGCGAAGUAUGAUCAGUGUAGAGUGUAGGUAAUGUGUUUAUAAUUCUGCUAUUUAUUUACAGAUUGAUUGAUUGAUUAUUGUGCUAUACACACACCAUGUGCGUGUGUCAAUACAACAAUGGGGCUCAAACACACACACACACACACACACACACCCCCAGUGAGUUCAGGGCUGUAAGAUCACAUGAUGCUUCGCUUUGAGCACAACAAACACUGGACUACAUCUCCCACAAUCCCUUUGUGCAUCAUCAACAACACUGUGGCCAUGGCUCCGCCACCUCAGCUGUACAGCACAGAGACUCGGUGAGCUAACGCUAACAGCUAACGACUGUCCGUUGACACUUUCCAACGAUUUCUUCUCGCCGCUGCGUCAGCGGGAGGAAAAAAAUGGCGAACGCAUUUGUGGAAAUCUUGGAAUAAAUUGCUAAGAAAAAAAAGAGCCAAGUCUCCCGAGUUGUGACUCCGUGUAAACGGGAUGGAGGUGACUAUUUAUGGCAAGCCGUUUGAGCGUUUAUUUCAUGUCCUACUAGUGCGCUGAAUUUUUCCACUAGUAGGUUAUUUGGCCUCACGAGCAAGACAAUUCAGCGUUUUUCUAGUAUUAUUAUUUUUUUUUCCACAUCUCACAUUUCAGUCUGCACGUGCGCUAACUUGUCGUUCUAUUAAGUACAAAGAGCGUACUAAUGCUCAAACAGCUUUCCAUAGCCCUUGGUUCCUGCUCCUGAAGUCCCGAGCCUCCUCGCUUCACCAGCACACAAAACAAGACAACACAUCACAAUCUCUGAAGUUUAUUCAUUAAAAAGCAAAGUGAAGUAGUUUAGCUAAAAUAAUUGGUUCGUAAUCUAGUCUGGAUUGUACCCGUUCAUCCAAUAUGGUCUGUGGUAGUCUGCUAUCGGGUUUUGUAGUCUAAUCUGAGCUGCUAGGCUAAUCUGGUUGUGUGCUAGUCUGGUCUGGAUUGUUCUAGUCUAAUCUAAUAUGGUCUGGUGUAGUCAAUAGUAGUCUAAUCUUGUCUGGUCCUACACCAGUCUAGUCAGGACUGUUCUGGUUUGUUGUAUUCUGGCGUAAUCUCAUAAUUCCAGUCUGGUCUGUUGUAUUCUUUGCUAAUAUGGUCUGUCGUUGUCUUUUCUAGACUGUUCUUGUCUGGUUUAGACUGUACUAGUCUGGUUUGUUGUAGUCUAGGCUGGUCUGGUCUGGCCUGUACUGUUGUAGCGCAGUCUACUUUGUUCUAGCUUAAUCUGGUAUUUCUUGUUUGGUCUAGACUGUCCUAGUCCUGUAUGUUAAUGUCUAGUCUCGAACUGUUGUAGUCUGUUUGUACUAGUCAAAUCUAAUCUGAUCUCUACUAGUCUGGUCUGGUCUGGUCUGGAUUGUUUCCAUCUAAUUUGUUGACUACACCUGUCAGUUUUAGUUUGGUCUGUUAGAGUCCAGUCUUGAUUGUUCUCGUGUUGUAAUCCAGUCCGGUCUUUUCUAAUCUAGCCUAGUUUCAUAAUAAAGAUCUAUCCAACAUGUGCAGGGAGGCGCCU